AUGGCUUCAUCAAAGCAAAGAAGAAGAGGUGGAGGAAGGAGACGAUGCUCAAGAAAAGGUAAGAUUUUGAAUGAUUCUAAUUCUUCAUCAUCAUUACCAUCAUCAGCAGCAUCGUUUAUAGGGAGUGAUAUUGAUAUCUUAACUCUAAUUCUUACCCGCUUUCCAUCAAAAUCUCUAGUCAUGUUCAAAUGUGUAUCGAAACAGUGGUUAUCUUGGAUCAAUGACCCAAAAUUUGUUCACCAACAUUUCAUUCAAAACCCUAGGUUGUCAAUCGCAGGAUUGUUUUGGGUCUGUGAGUUAUCCUCAACGACAAAACCCACGUACGGAUGCAUCUUCUUAGAUGGUAAUACCGACAGUCAUAUUCCUUUUAAAACCCUAGAUUUUAAAAUAGGAAACUUUGUCAGAGAAGGUAUUAAGAUUGUGCAGUCAUGCAAUGGGUUACUCUUAUGUAGUAAUCGUGCACGCUACAGCAGUAAUCGUACUUAUUACAUCUUUAAUCCUUUCACAAAGCAGUAUAAAGUGUUACCUCAAUCUGAAAUGGGAAGUCUUCAGUUCCCAUAUCUUAGGAACGUUAGUUUAACGUUCGAUCCAUUGAAAUCCCCAUACUACAAAGUUAUAUAUUUCUGGAGGAACCGUGAUCUUGACUAUAGAAUUGAAAUCUACAAUUCCGAAACGUCUUCUUGGAGGUUGUCUGAACUUGAUUCACGGAAUCUGCCAGCUGACGCUAUACUAUGGACUCCUAGUAUCUUCUGGAAUGGUUCAUUGUACUGGUGCGAUCGAAAAGGGGUAAUAUCUUACUUUGAUGUUGAUCAUGAAUUAGUUGGGGUAGUGCCACUUCCAACUCCUGUUAAUACAAAUCGUGAUACGAUGACUUUCUACAUUGCAGAGUUUCGGGACCAUUUCUAUCUUAUUGAGAAAAAGAUCCAGGCGGUUUCAGCAUAUUCGACUUGGAUUCUGCCGACUGCUGGAAGGUGA